AUGGGUCCGAUUUGUGAUGUAGUUAAUGAGAAUAAGAUGGAUUUCUGGGUGGAAGCUGAUUUAAUUUCCAGUGAUGUUGAAAGCAACUUUCAUGCUUGUGUUCAAGAGAAUGCAAACCCCGGUAAAGAAUGUCAUGGUUUUGUUAGUACAGAGGAUGAUUCAAUAUUCGAAAAUUUGGGUGCUAUGUUGAUGUCUGAUAUACAUUCUCAUGCUGCUUUGAAUCCAGAGUGCAUUUUAAGGAUUUGUUGGGCUAUGGCAAAAGUUGUCAGAAGGUGUUUAAGCCUAAAAGGGGAAGAAACGGCCAAACAUGAGAGAGGUUUCAACUGA